CGAAAGCAAAAAAAAUAAACAAAUAAAAACAAAAAACAUCAGUAAAUACCGGUCUUGAAUUUAAAGCAACAACAAUAUUAUUAACAAAACAAAAACAAUGUAUAAUUUGCAGCUAGUUUUUUUUUAUUAAAAAUAAUAAAAAUAGUUAAUUAUUGCAAUGAUAAUAUAUUGUUUUAAUAACGACAAUUAAAAUGAGUACAUGGAAAUUACUACAAAGACGUUGUUAUGAUUUACUAUCUCAUAAAUCAUCACUUCUUAUUAUUGUAAUUGCAUUUACUUGUACAUUUAUUGGUAUAAUACACUUUGGCGAGGUUUGGCUUGCUUGGAGUAAAGAAAAAUAUGAAGCAGUGUUUCAUUCAUUCAAUGACAACAUACUUGGUAAAUCAUUUCAAAGAAAAUUAUGUCAACAUGUACCAAUUGAUGUUGUCUAUACAUGGGUAAAUGGUUCUGAUCCAAUAUUUAUAAAUAAUUUAGAAAAAUAUGUACCAAUGAAUGAUGUUAAUGCUGCAAAAUCAAGAUUCAAUGAUAAAGAUGAAUUAAGAUAUUCAUUACGUUCAUUAGAAAUGUAUGCACCAUGGAUAAGACAUGUUUACAUUGUUACAAAUGGACAAAUACCAAAUUGGCUAGAUAUGGAUAAUCAAAGAAUGACAUUAAUAACACAUGAUGAUAUAUUUAUUAAUCAUAAACAUUUACCAACAUUUUCAAGUCCAGCAAUUGAAACACAUAUACAUAAUAUACCUGGUUUAUCAGAUAAAUUUUUAUAUUUUAACGAUGAUAUUUUUUUGGGCAAUGAAAUAUGGCCAGAAGAUUUUAUAACACAAACUGGUGGACAAAAAAUUCAUCUUGCAUGGCCAGUACCAGAUUGUUCAGAUGUUUGUCCAUGGAUUUGGGUUGGUGAUGGUUCAUGUGAUACUGUUUGUAAUACAACAACUUGUGAAUAUGAUGGAGGUGAUUGUAAUUCAACUAAUCAUAUAACAGACAGUCAAAUGAUUAAUGAAGAUUUUGAUUAUCCAUUUAAAAUACUUGAAAAUAAUAAUAACAAAGAAACAUUGAGAUUAUUUGAAUUAUUAAAAGAUAAAAAUACACAAACAGUUAAUUAUUUUAAUUCGAAAAUUCCACAAUUACGUAAAUUAAAAUAUAUAAAUACACCAACAACAUCAACAUCAUCAACAUCAAGACGAACAGAAAAAUUAAAAUUAAAAUUAAAUAAAAGAAAAAAGCUAAAUACAACAAUUAAUAAUAAUAAUAUUGUUAUUGAUAAAUCAAAAUAUAAAUUAAAAAAAAUAAAAGAAAAAAAUGAUGAUAUUAUAAAUUUAAUAAAUCCAAAUGAUCAGACAAAUAAAUUAAAAAUUAAAAAUAAUAAAAAAUUAAAUAAAAAACUUGAUACAUAUGCAGAAUCGCUGUUGUAUGUUAAUCAUAUAUUUAAUUCAGUGUAUGGUUUUGAAAGACGUAAAGUACCAGCUCAUAUGCCACAUUUAAUUGAUCGUAAUAUAAUAAUUGAAUUACAAAAAAAAUUUAAUAAUGAAUAUUAUAAAACAUCAUCACAUAGAAUACGUAAUUCAAAAGACAUGCAAUUUGCAUUUACAUAUUUUUAUUAUAUUAUUAGUGAAAAAAUAAUUGAAUCAACAAAUAAAAUAUUUGAUAUAUUUGAUACAGAUAAAUCAGGUACAUGGUCUGAUCGUGAAAUACGUACAUUAUUAACACGAAUGUAUGAUUUACCAUUGGAUUAUAGUCUUGUUAUUGAUUUCGAAUCAAUAAUAUUAAAUUGUUCUAAAAAUAUAAAAUUUGAUGAUGUUAAUGAUGUACCAAGUGGUGAACGUUAUCUUGAUUCAACACUACCAAUUGUAACACGUAAUUUAAUUAAUAAAUGUACUGGUAUUAUUGAUAAAAUUAAAAAAUUUGGUCAAAUAUCAAAGUAUCAUCAUGAAAUAAUAAAAGCUGGUAAAAAUGAAAUUUUCGAAAUGCUUACUAGUAAUGUAUCACAUACAGUACAAAUACUUGAUAAUAUAAGACGUCAGCCAAAAAAAUUUAUUUGUUUAAAUGAUGAUUUAGAUCCAGAUAAAAAAAUGGAAAAUGAUAUUGUACGUGCAUUAUUGAAUGAUUUUUAUCGUGCAUUAUAUCCAUUGAGAAGUAGCUUUGAAUUACCAGCACAAUAUCGUAAUCGUUUUUCAAAUAGACAUGAUUUAUUUGAAUGGCGUAAAAGUCGUAUUAGAGCUAGAAAUAUAUUAUUGUUAUUGGUUACAUUAUUAAUUUUCUUUACAAUUUAUCAUAUUUUUCAUCAAACAAUUAAAAGAUUUUUACGUUACAGAUCAUUGUCAACAUUAAAUAUUUAA